CUCGGGAGGGACCUUACUUGCUAAUGCUAGGCUAGCGGGCAGGACGAUGCUCUGAAUUGGGGGCAACUGGUCAAUAACGGUGGGAAAUGGCACGUUUUUCUCUUACAUGCGUCCUCGGUAUACACUAGCGGCUAAACGAUACUCCCCCGCAUGGUGGAGAGACACCUCUCCUUUUACUGGGAGUGUAUUCAAUUUUGAUGCCAAGCUGUUUUUUGCGCAAGUAUCGUCGCUCUUACACUUGUAUGCCUGUAAACGAGAAACGCCAGUGUUUUCUAGUGCUGUCCGUGGAAACGCAGCAACGGAGGUGACAUCACACGCUGACAGGCAGGGAGAGCGUACAGGGGAAAGGUGGACCCCAGAAAUGACAGCUGGAGCGCCGCAAAGCUAAACACUGAGUGGCCGAAGUCCGGAGAGAUAGCUCGGGGUCUGUGCUCUGCAGAUGCCGCCGCGGGACUGCCGCUAACCUCGCUGUGGUUACACAGCUGUACGUGUUCUGCACCUCGACUUGACCUGAAUCAUACAAAACACACAGCCUGCGCCGCCUUUCUGCAAAUUCAUGAUGGUGUCGCUGCUGGACGACAGCGAAACAUGGCCCACCGUUCAUAACCAGUGAGUAACUGCUGGUGUUGAUGGUGUAAACAAAAAACAAAGCUGUCGCUAAAAAAUGACGAAAUGAUGGUGCUCGACGAUCGCUGCUGCAGUGCACACCCGUAGUCAGGCAGCCCCAGUGUAAGUGUUCGUUAUUUCACAGUAAUAUGCAGUGAGAUACAUGUGCACAGUUGAGGAUGGGAUGCAUCAGAGAUCGUCUGCGAAAACUGAGACGCGGGAUAAAAGUGGACCGGGUCAGAGAGCUGGGCCGGCAGUAUCCCGUCUUCUGCUUUCUGCUGUUGGUCCUGCUGCUUUCCACUGUGCUUUUAAGCAGAUAUAUCCACAUUAUUGUCGUGUUUUGGUCCUUCCUGGCUGGAGUUGCCACUUUCUACUGCUCUUUGGGGCCUGAGUCUUUGCUACCCAAUGUCUUGGUCUCCAUCAAACCAAAGAUCAAGUCGUACCAACAGGAGUUGUUCCCACUGGGACACAGCUGUGCCGUAUGUGGAAAAAUCAAGUGCAAAAGGCACAGACCGACCCUAUUACUGGAAAAUUAUCAGCCAUGGCUUGACCUGAAAAUUCCCUCAAAGGUUGACGCUUCUCUGUCAGAGAUUCUGGAGCUUGUUCUUGAAAAUUUUGUGUAUCCUUGGUAUAGAGACAUCACCGAUGAUGAAGCGUUUGUCGAUGAGCUGAGAGUGACUUUGCGUUUCUUUGCAGCCGUGUUAAUCCGCCGCACCCAGAAGGUGGACGUGGCGUCCCUCAUCACACAAAAGCUUCUGAAAGUGUCCAUGAAGCACAUUGAAAUAAUAAGCAAGGCCAGACAGAAAGUAAAGAACAGUGAGUUUCUUCAGCAAGCUGCCCUGGAGGAAUAUGGUCCUGACCUUCACGUGGCCCUCCGCAGUCGCAGAGACGAGCUACUCUACCUCAGGAAGCUGACAGAGAUGCUGUUCCCUUACAUUCUGCCACCUAAGGCUACAGACUGCAGAUCUCUUACUCUGUUAAUAAGAGAAGUCUUGGCCGGUUCCGUCUUCCUUCCUUCAAUGGACUACUUGGCUGAUCCUGACACAGUGAAUCAUUUAAUUUUGAUAUUCAUCGACAAGUCCCCCCCCGAAGAAGCCACAGAGCCUACUUCAACACUGGUUCCUUUCUUGCAAAAGUAUUCUGAUACUCGCAACAAAAAGCCCUCAGUGCUGAAGCUCGAGUUGAAGGAAAUCAGAGAACAACAAGACCUUCUCUUUCGUUUCAUGAACUUUUUGAAGCAAGAGGGGGCCGUUCACGUGCUUCAGUUCUGCCUUUCCGUUGAGGAAUUCAACGAUAAGAUACUGUGCCCGGAGCUGUCGGACUCGCAGAAGAUGCUGCUUCACGAGGAGGUGAAGAAGAUCUUCGAGACCUACUGUUUGGACGAGAGUGUCGACAAGAUCCGCUUCGACCCCUUUAUCGUGGAAGAAAUACGCAAUAUCACAGACGGCCCAUACGAAGAGGUGGUGAAACUGCAGACCAUGAGGUGUUUAUUUGAAGCCUAUGAGCACGUCCUGUCCCUCCUGGAGAACGUUUUCACCCCCAUGUUCUGUCACAGUGAUGAGUACUUUCGCCAGCUCUUACGAGGCGCUGAGUCACCGGCAAGGAAUUCCAGGAUGAGCAGAAAUAGCCUCAGUUUGGAUGACAUUCGUCCUUGGGACUGGAGCCCCGAGUCCCCGUCCUCACUGUUCACGGCCUCUGGCAGCACUUCACCUGCAUCUUUCAAUUCCCUCCAUGUCCAGUCCACAAACUUCACAACCUUCCCAUAUGGCUCGCUAUCCCACCGCCACCCAUCGCCAAAGAACACGUCGAAGCGGGGCGAGUCUUUUGGGAUCAGCCGCAUUGGCAGCAAGAUCAAAGGAGUGUUCAAGAGCACAACCAUGGAGGGAGCCAUGCUGCCAUCAUAUGGCUUAGUAGAGGGAGAAGAUGAUAUGGUGGAGGAGGCCAUGAUGGUGCUGGAGGACGACUCGCCCAUGGAGGCAGCCUCCACACCCAGCACCCCUCGAAACCUCUCAGCCUGGAACAUCACAAUCCCUUACAUCGAUUUCUAUGACGACGACGUGAAGAGGGAGAGGAUUCCUGUGUUCUGUAUUGAUGUGGAGCGCAAUGACAGGAAGGCAGUGGGACACGAGACCGAACACUGGUCUGUGUACAGGAGAUACCUGGAGUUCUAUGUGCUCGAAUCAAAGCUCACCGAGUUCCAUGGCUCGUUUCCAGACGCACAGUUGCCUUCGAAGAGGAUCAUCGGCCCGAAGAAUUACGAGUUCCUCACAUCGAAGCGGGAAGAGUUUCAGGUGUACCUUCAGAAACUUCUGCAGCACCCAGAGCUGAGUAACAGUCAACUCCUGGCCGACUUCCUGUCCCCUCACAGCAUGGAGUCUCAGUUCCUGGACAAGAUGUUACCCGACGUGAACCUGGGGAAAAUCAUCAAGUCAGUUCCCAGCAAACUGAUAAAAGAGAAAGGUCAGCACCUGGAGCCUUUCAUCCAGUCGUUCUUCAAUUCCUGUGAAUCUCCCAAACCCAAACCGAGCCGACCUGAGCUCACCAUCCUGAGCCCCACAUCGGAAAACGAUAAAAAGCUCUUCAAUGACCUGUUCAAAAACAACGCCAACCGAUCAGAAUUGACUGAGAAAAGACACAAUCAGAACUACUUCUUGGAGAUGAUCACUGUUGACGGGUUGUACGACUACUUAAUGUAUGUGGGCCGAGUUGUCUUCCAUAUCCCUGACUGGCUGCACCACCUGCUAAUGGCUGGCAGGAUCCUGUUCAAGAACACUCUGGAGACUUACACAGACUACUACCUUCAGUACAAACUGGACCAGGUGGUCCAGGAGCACCGGCUCGUCUCACUCAUUACCCUGCUGAGAGACACCGUCUUCUGUGAGAGCAGCCCACCGCGCUCCGCCCAAGACAAGCAGAACAGGGCGAAGAAGACGUUCGAGGAGAUGAUGAGCUACAUUCCAGACUUGCUGGGGAAGUGUAUCGGAGAAGAGGCCAAGUACGAAGGAGUGCGUCUGCUCUUUGAAGGAUUGCAACAGCCAGUUCUCAACAAACAGCUCACAUAUGUGCUACUGGACAUCACCAUUCAAGAACUUUUUCCAGAGCUGAACAAGGGACAGAAAGAGACCACUGUGAUGGCUCCAUGGAUGUAAGAAAAACAACAACUGUUCAUCUGAGACGCGCUUAACAACGUCGUGAGACAUUGAUUUAUCCUCAUCCUACCGCCUGCUGUAAAUAGCUUUUUUUUUUUUUGUAAAAUAAAUUAUUCCCAUAAACGACAAACAAUGU